AUGCAAGCGGCCCUAGGAGGACUGGUUGAGAAUGCCACAGUGUACUCGCUUCCAGGCUUGUCCUCAUACGUCGCGGCUCCCGGAUUUCCAACCUCAGCAUUUGCAUCCUACUAUGUGUCACCAGCUCUGCCAACCAGGGAGCCUCAGCCGAUCAUCUACGAUCCUGUGCUGGACAUCACGUUCCCCUAUAACCUGACCAAUCCGGACAUUAUUCCCGAGAGCUCAGAUGAGGUGCUCUACCCUGUACCGAAAGGAAACCUGAAUUCGCACCAGAAAUACGCCUUGAUUGAGAGCGUCAAGUCCAACGUAUCAGAUAUCAUCAAGUCCUCGAGCUCGGAAACACGCUGCUCAAAGUGCAAGAGGGCGUUGGCGGAGGCCAAGCCUGCGGCCCUUUACGCCCCGCUCCUGGUGCCGGAUGCUUUGAUCAGCAUGUGCAAGGCCUUCGGUUUUCACUCAGAUGAAGCCUGCGAGGAGGAUUUUGCGCCACAGUCCCUCGGUGCUAUCUGGACGCAGAUCCUAGCCUAUGCUGAUGUGGAGGGUCUGGACGGACAGUAUAUCUGCAAUCGUCUCAACAGCGAUUUCUGCGACCAGCCUAAGACACGUCCUUUGGAUGCAUCCCAGUUCUUCCCUAAGCCCAAGCCAGCGCAUGUGCAAGUCCCAAAGGCCAGCGGGAAGCGCGUCAAGGUGCUCCACAUGUCGGACUUCCAUCUCGAUGCUCGAUACGCGGUCAACUCGGAAGCCGACUGCUCAGCUGGUAUGUGCUGCCGCAGUGACCAGCAUCAUGCUGGCUCCGAGGAUCAUGUUGUGUCUCCAGCUUCAGCGUAUGGAGCCUUCAGGUGCGAUACCCCGUACGACCUCGGACUAGCUGCGCUGCAGGCUGUGGGGCCUUUGACGGGCACUGGCAAGGGCUGUGAUAAUGAGUCUCUGGGGUGGACUCUCUACACCGGUGACUUGGUCUCUCAUGACCACGAAUCUCAGAUGUCCCGGGAAUAUAUUGAGUACACUGAGUCAAGCAUGUUCCACAUGUUCAAGGAAUACCUCUCGGGGCCUGUUUUCGUGGCUCUGGGCAAUCAUGACUCCAGCCCCGAGAACAUGGAUUCCCCGCAUACCCUUCCAGGACGUCUUGGGGAGCAGUCGUCUUGGAACUUUAGGCAUCUAGCUGAUCUGUGGCAACAUGAGGGGUGGAUCAGCAACAAAACAGCUGAGGAAGCGAGGGCGCAUUAUGGAGGAUAUUCGGUCAAAUUGCAUUAUGGAUUGCGAAUUAUUUCGUUCAACACUGACUUUUGGUACAAAUCAAAUCUCUUCAAUAUGAUCAACACUACCAACCCCGACAAUUCAGGUAUCUUCUCCUGGAUGGUGGAGGAGCUCCAAAAGGCUGAGGAUACGAACGAACGCGUCUGGAUUGUUGGCCAUGUCCCUAGUGGCUGGGACGGUAGCAACCCAAUCCCUGAUCCAACAAAUCUCUUCUACCAAAUUGUGGACCGGUAUUCACCCCAUGUGAUCGCCAACAUCUUUUUUGGCCACAACCACGAGGAUCAAUUUAUGGUAUACUAUGCCAAUAAUGGCACAAUCCAGAACGCAAGCACGGCUCUUACUACUGGCUGGAUCGGACCCAGUGUUACACCACUGACCAACAUGAACAGUGGAUUCCGACUAUACGAGGUCGACACGGGAGACUUUAACGUCUACGAAGCAUACACCUUCUUCAGUAAUGUCUCCGAGUACGCUAAUCUCCGUGAAACUGGACCGACGUUCCGCUUCGAAUACUCCACUCGCGACACGUAUGGCCCAGCCGCAGAGUGGGACAAGGAUGCUCCCCUAAACGCGACUUUCUGGCACCGUGUUACCGAGGCUAUGGAGAAGGACAUAAGCCUUGUGACUCUGCAGACCUAUUUGCAGGGCAGAAUGAGUGUUAGGAGCCCAAAAUGCGACACGGAGGCUUGUCAGAAAGCGAAGAUCUGCUACAUGCGGAGUGGCAGCGUCGCGCUGGGACGUCAGUGCCCACAGGGGUAUGCAUCUGUGCAGAGUGCUUUCACAGCGAAGUAG